AUGCGCUUACCUUAUGCACCCACGACGGCUCCAGAAGAUCAGCCAAAAUCAGCAGAAAUCUACGAGCGAAUCGCGGCACGCCGUGCUCCCAGGCCAUUAAUACCACUCGACUUGACACUUUUACACUCGCCGCCCGUGGCAGAUGGAUACAACAGCUUCCUCAACGCUAUUCGGAACGAGACAAUCGUGGACCAGGCCCUCUUGGAACUGGCCAUCUGCCGCAUAGGGGCGUUGAAUGGUGCCGUCUGGGAGUGGCGUGCACACGCGGCAUUGGCAGUCAAGGCGGGAGUUGGCAGAGCUGCCCUUGAGGCUGUCCUCGAUGUCCAAUCCGGAUUCGGUCGGGACAGAGUAUGGAACGGUUUGACUGAGCAGGAAGAAGCCGUUAUCAGAUACACGGAUGCAAUGACCAAGGACGUCAAAGUCCCUGAGGAGGUAUUUCUUCGCUUAAAGGAGAUCGGGUUGGCUGAAAGGGAGAUUGUCGAGUUGACGGCGGGAAUUGCUGCUUACAACUGUGUGAGUAGAUUCCUUGUAGCCAUGGAUGUUGGAGAGAUGAACGACAAAGAGAUGAAGGUCCCAGACGAUGCAAAAUGAGAUUUAUGGGAAGUCGACUGUUAAGCGUUGCAUUCAGGACUCGAGUCUAUGGGCGGCGCUUGUGUAGAUAUGCUUUACCUCAGCUGGCCUGUUUCUUGAUCUACGGGAGCCUCUUCGCUCAAGUUUCUACGGCCUCAGAACGAUCAAAUAUACCUCCGCCUUUAG